AUGACUAGAGGUACAAAAAUAUCAACUUACAUUCUUUUUAUAAUUUUCAUUAUUGGUUUAACGGUAACUUGGUCAUCAAUUAUUGAAGCUAUUCCAAUUCAUGAAAGAAAUCCAAACAAUUAUAUAAAAACUUUUUAUCCAUAUGAAUUUUAUAAUUCACCAUAUAAAAGAGGAAAUGCCGAAAUAAUGAAUGGACUUCUUGCUAUGGAUUUGGGACAAUUAUCAGCUGUAGGAAAACGCUCCAAUGCAGAACUUAUUAAUGGUUUGAUUGGAAUGGAUUUAGAUGGCUUAUAUUCGGCAGGAAAUGUUACAUAUGGUAAUGAAAAUACUACAAUUCAAAAUGGAUCUGAAUAUCAUAUUUUUUCAAAUAAUUUUAGUCAUGUUUCAACACCAUAUACUGUAUCAAUGUGGUUGAUAAUUGCUGCUGUUGCAAAAAUUUUUUUUAAUAUUUCUAAAAAAUUUUCAGAUACCUUCCCAGAUUCUGCUCUUCUUAUUGUUGUUGGGCUUAUUUUAGGAUUUGUACUAAAAAAAAUUCAUGUUGAUUCAAGUAUUUUUACUUUAGAUUCAACAACAUUUUUUAUCUUUUUAUUACCUCCAAUUAUUUUUGAUGCUGGGUAUUUUAUGCCAAAUAGAGCACUUUUUGAAAAUGUUGAUUCUGUAUUACUAUUUGCCGUUGUAGGAACUAUUUUUAAUACUAUUUGUAUUGGUUCUUCUCUUUAUACUAUUGGAUAUAUGGGAUAUUUUUCACUUCCAUUUUCAAUAUUUGAAAUAUUAUGUUUUUCUGCAUUAAUAUCAGCAGUUGAUCCAGUUGCCGUUAUUGCUGUUUUUGAAGAGAUACAUGUUAAUGAAUUUUUAUUUAUUAAUUUAUUUGGUGAAGCAUUAUUUAAUGAUGGCGUUACAGUAGUUCUUUAUCAAAUGUUUAAACAAUUUUUGUUAAUUGGUACUGAAAAUGUAACACCAAUGGAUUAUGUUAAAGGUGGUAUCUCAUUUCCUGUUAUUGCUUUUGGUGGUACAAUAAUUGGAAUUAUCUUUGCAUUUAUAGUUUCUCUAUUAACAAAAUAUUCACAAAAAGUUGUUAUGAUGGCACCAGUUUUUGUUUUUGUUCUUCCUUACUUAUCUUAUCUUACUGCUGAAUCUUUUGGUUUGUCAUCUAUUUUAGCAAUUACAUCAUGUGGUAUGCUAAUGAAACAAUAUGUUAAAGAAAAUAUUACUCAAUCUGCAUCUUCUUCUGUUAAAUAUUUUGUUAAAAUGUUUGCACAUUCCUCAGAAACGGCUAUUUUUAUGUUUCUUGGAUUAUCAACUAUAUCUAGUGGAAAACAUCAUUGGGAUACAGCAUUUAUUGUUUGUACUUUAGUUUUUUGCCUAUUUUUUAGAGCAAUAGGAAUUAUUGUACAAUGUUGGAUACUUAAUAAAUUUAAAAAAGAAAAGUUUUCAGUAGUUGAUCAAUUUGUUCUUAGUUAUUCUGGUUUACGUGGGGCAAUUGCUUAUGGUUUAGUUGUUAGUUUACCAGAUAAUAUAUUAGCCAAAGAUAUGUAUGUAACAGCUACUGUAGCAGAAAUUUUUUUCACAGUUUUUGUUCAGGGAAUAACUAUAAAACCACUAUUAAAUUUUUUAGAUGUUAAAAAAAAAGAUGACAGAGAAAAAACUAUGCUUGAAACUGUUUACAGUAGAUAUUUUGAUUAUGCUGUAUCAGGAAUAGAAGAUAUAGCUGGUUUGAAGGGUAAAAAUUUUUUUAGAGCUUCCUUUGAAAGACUAAAUGCCCAAAUAUUAAAACCAUUGUUCAUCAGAAAAGCAAAACGUGGAAAAUUUGAUGCUUCACAUAUUAUAAGAACAUUUAAAAAAAUAACCAUUGAAGAGGCGUUAAAAGAAAAAGAAAAUAGACCAAAUGAAAGACAAAAGAGUGCAUUAUUUUUUACAACAUCGGGAGGAAUUCCAAGUCCAAUUAAUGCUAGUAUCAACUUAGGAAAUAAAAUUACAGGGACAUUAGAAGUUGAAAAAGCAUUAAGUAGAAUAAACUCUAUACGUAGUAAAGGGACUUCAAUAAUUUCUGAAAAACAAAAGAAAAAUACAUAUCAAGAUAUUGAAGAUGAAAAUAGAAAAGAAAUUCUUAAUGAAAUAUUAAAAUAUUUACCAAAUGAAACAACAGCUGAAAUUUUAACAAAUUCAAUUUUGAUUAAAUUAAACAAAACACUAAAUGAUAUGGCAUUUUCAUAUAAUUAUGAUGACUCUGAUGAUUCUGAUAUUGAAGAUAAUUAUUUAAAAUCAAUGCAAAAAAAAGAAUUACAUCAUAUAUUGUCACAUGAGAGAUUAAACACACUUAACUUUGAUAGAAAUGAUGAAAUAGAUAGUAAUGACAACAAAAGAAGAACAAAAUCAGUUCUAAAUACGGUUUCACCUGUCAAUAGACCACGAUCUUCAAGUAUUUCAUUUAACUUUGGAGGAAAAAAAAGUCAUGAAUAUGCCUAG